AUUCUCUGAGUGUUUCUUCAAGAAUCGGUCAAUACGUGUAUAUUGUAUAGAGUUUACAGCAUGCAUUGUUUCACACUACUGAUACUGUCUAUGACAGUGCUGCUCGUGUUAGGAGAACAUUCGGAAGACUCGAAGAGUUCCAUUCCAAGUAAAUUACUGAGAUCGGCGAAAGAAGCCAAUGAUUUCAUUGGAAGUCAACAGAAACGGAACCUCAGAAAACGCUCCGCCAGCCGAGAAUGGGGGGAAAUGUUUGAAAAUGAGGAACAGGAAGAACGAGAGGACGUGAGAGGAGAAAACUGGGGCCGUCCAAGUGGGGGUUGGGGCCGUCCCAGUGGAGGUUGGGGGCGUCCUGAUGAUAGCUGGAGGCUUCCCAGUGGAGGCUGGAGGCAUCCCGGUGGUGGCCGGAGGUAUCCCAGCGGACGUUGGGGACGUCGUGGUGAGGAAUGGGAGGAAAAUGAGGGGUGAGUGAUAAUACUGAAGAAGGACGAAGAAAACACCGGGAAACAGAGCGAAGAAUAAUAUAGACCGGAAGGGAGUGGGGUGGGAGAGGGAGUAUUAAAAUGAGCAAAUAA